GGCCUCCACAGGCAGAGGAAGGCGGGAGGCGUCUUUGACGUUGCGUCUGGCGCUUCUCACACCCGUUUACAGUGGUUACACGUCCACACACUGCCAGAGGGAGAGGAGCUGCCAGCGUGCAGCUUGAGAGGCAUCAGAGGCUCUGCCCUGGACUGCAUCGGCGGCGGAGGUUCUUUCCGUGUCCCCGCACGCACCCAUGCUGCCGAAUCGGCACCCUAUUGCUGGUGCGCACCCCUGAGGACGGGCCGGAGAUGGCGUGGGCGGGGCGGGUGCAAACCGCCGCGCUCCUGGGCUGCGUUCUGUGGCUGGCCGCGCCCGUGCUGCUGCGGUCCGACUUCCGGCUGGCCUACGUGACCGAGCACAGCCUGUACACAUGCAAGUGUGUGCAGGGCAUGGCCCCCUGCGGCGUCAUCAACUCCAGCCAGUGCGAGUGUAAGGACCACCCCUUCUCCGUGCUGCGCCGGCCCGACGGCUCCGGCAUCCUCUGGGCGGCCACCGAGCAGCUGACCGUCUGGUACACCUCCCCGCUCAACGUCGCCCUCCUGCUCAACAACUCGGAAGUGCGCCACCUGUCUCUGGUCAAGUGCAACUCCGUGGCGGGCAAGGCGGCGUCCUACGACUACUUCACAGUGCAGAGGCUGGAGAGGCUGACGGUCUCCUACCCAUCCUGGCGGCCGGGCCAAAGCCACGACAUCACACUGGGGAGGGACGACGGGCCGGCCUAUCAGGAGAAAGAAGCGAGGAUGGCCAUUAUCGCCACCGCCGUACUGACGGGCAAAUCAUCUCUGAAGGCCUACACGGUGCAGACUAAAGUAGAUGGGAAGGGCAUGUUCCCUUUCCCUUAUCUUUCCGCAUCUAAAGUCACGCUUCCAGAAGCUUCCAGCAUGUAUGUGACGUUUCUGUACUGACGCACGGCUCACUCUUGGGUUUAGGCCUUGUCCCUUUUUGUGGGCGGAGCCAUUGGCAACACCCUAACCCCCAUCCCACCCGAGAGUCUGCUGUCAAGGAAAUAAAAUCACCCUAGCAACAAGUCAGAAUCAGCUUUUUGGGGAAACACGUAUUCAUUAAAGGUUCAUGUUUUUCAUGCACUUUUUUUUUUGCCUUUGCUUUUGCGGUUUACCUUUGUUUCUCAGUUUAUUCGAAUU